AUGAUAUCACAUAUAGUCUGUAACAUCCCAAUGGCCGACUUAACGAAGUGGGUGAAAAUGAGAACGAAUAGUACAGACGUUGAUUUUGUACUUAAAAAGUCGUUGUGCGAUGGUGUCGUUCUUGCGAAAUUGAUGAAUUAUUUACGACCAAAUACCGUUGAUGUAUCAAAAUUCACAGAAAAACACGUUCAGAACGUUAAAUUGUGUUUGGAUGCUGGGUAUCAACUUCUGAACAUCCCAAGACUUCUUGAUGAAAAUUACGUUGCGGACGACAAAGUCGACGAUUUCUGCCUCUUUUUCUAUUUGUCUUUUUGUGUCAUGAAAGAGACUAAGCUUGAUGAUAACUUAGAAAUAAAGCGUAUUGCCGACGAGAUAAAAAACAAGAGAAUUUCAGCAAAAGUCUCUUUGAAGAAACGUGUGAAAAAUGUCCUUCAAAGAAUGCUGGACUGUGUAAAAAAUGUGAAAGUUAUUUGGCCCAAUGACGACGACGAAACCAAGCCAAAAGAAGCUAAAGAAAUGGACGGAAUGUUAGAAGGGCUCGAGGAUUUACUCAGUAAUUUGGAUGAUAUCGAUAUCUCAUCAAGUGCACUUGAAAAGAUGGAAACUUUAAGUGACAAAGAUGACGACCCCACACUCACUAAAUUGAAGAAGUUUGAAAAGGAGGUCUUGAAGCAAGAAGAAACUUUCAAAAAGUUGAAUGUUGUUGUGAACAAAGAGAAAAGAAAGAGUCGGCAAUUCUCACCAUCGAAAAAUAUCGUGUCGUCAAAAUCAAAUAUCGAAAACCCCAAAAAUGUCAUUCCAAGAAGAACUAUUGAACGGCGGAAGUCUCAGAUUUUCGACUUAAACGAUAUACAAAAACAGAUGAGUGACGCAAAACACGUCCCACCUAUUACUAUCAACACAAAAUCAAUUUCCGAUAGAAUUAACACGUUUGAAAGAUCGGGGUCAACUUCUCCAAAAGAAAACUCAGGAGAAAAAACACCAGUUUUGGCUACUAAAAGAAGAACUCCACGACUGCAGAGAGCAGAAAGUUCAAUGAGUUUAUCAUUGGAUAUGACUACGGCAAAGGAAACAAAUCCGUUAUUUGUAAAACACGCUACGUUACCACUCAAUAUCGGAAAGAGUAUAAAAAGCGAGGGAAUUAUUCGUAUCAACGAUAAUCAAAAUAAAGAGAAAAGUGACGUGGAAAAUGAAAACAAUAAUCUCGUGAAACAAUUAAAGGAAGAAAUCACACAACUUAAUGCUGAAAAGGAAAAGACUUUAAAGGAAAAAACAAGUGAAUUGGAGAAAGUGACUCAACAACUGGAAGAAACAACAAAACAAAAGGAAGAAAAUGAUAAAAAAGUGGAAGAAAUAAUAAAGGAAAAGAAAGAAGUGGAAGAAAAAAUGAAACAACUUGAAGCUGAAAAAGAUAAAGUAACAACAGAACUUCAGACAACAACAAAUGAGAAAAUUGAAUUGGAGAAAACAAUUAAACAACAAAAUGAAACAACAACUCAACUGCAAAAUCAACUGAAAGACAAAGAUGAUAUCAUCGAAGAAACAAUAAAACAGAAAGAAGAGGCCGAAAAGAAAGUUGAAACGAUCGAAGCAACUCAACAAGGGAAUGAAAAACAAAUCAAUGAAAAGUUGGAAGAAAUCAAAAAUGAAAAGAAAGAAACAGAAGAGAAAUUAAAACUAUUGGAAGUUGAAAAAGAAAAGAUUGUAAAUGAACUUGACACAAAUAAACAAGAAGGAGAGAAGAAAAUAGAAGACAUGAUAAACACAAUCAAAACAGAAGAAGAAAAAAAUAACAAAUUAAAUGAAGAAUUGGAUAAUAUAAAAGAAGAAAAAGAUAAAAUUACAAAUGAGAAGAAAGAAAUUGAAGAGAAAUUUAAAAGGAAAACAGAUGAUUUGGAAAAACAAAUAAAAGAAAAAGAAGACAAAUUAAAUGCAACAACAGAAAAGAUUGAAGAGAUUGAGAAAGAAAAGAAAGAGAAGAUUGAACAACUUGAAGAACAAAUUGCAAAAUCAACACUGACAACACAAAAACUCGAAAAUGAAAAAGAAAAAAUAACAGAAGAACUUGAUUCAACAAAAGAAGAAAAUAAAAAGAUCGUUGAACAGCUCAAAUUAACAAUAAAUGAAAAAGUUGAUUUGGAGAAAACAAUUGAAAAUCAAAAAGAAACAACAAAACAACUGCAAAAUGAACUGAAAGACAAAAAUGACAAUCUGGAGAAAGUGAAUCAACAACUUGAAGAGACAACAAAACAAAAAGAAGAAGUUGAAAAGAAAAUCAAACAACAAGAAGAACAACUCAACAAUACAAAACAAGAGAAAGAUGAAUUAGAAAACAAAUUCAAAGACAAAGACGACAUAAUUGAAACAACUAAAAAACAAAAAGAAGAAGUUGAACAGAAAUUGGAAAUGAAUAUAGCAGCUCAAAAAGAGAAAGAAAAAGAAAUCAAUGAAAUUUUGGAAAAGAUGACAAAUGAAAAAGAGAAAAUUGUAAAUGAAUUGAAAGAAAAUGAAGAAAAAGUCACACAUCUCGAAGUCGAAAAAGAUAAGAUAACAACAGAACUCAAGACAACAAAGAAACGUGUUGAUGAAAUAACAGACGAAUUGAAUACAAAAAGAAAAGAAAACGAGAAACAGAAAGAAGAAUUUGAAUUAAAAACAAAACAACUGAAUGAACAACUUAAUAACAUUGAGAGUGAUGCAAAGACAAAACAAGAAACUAUAAAUCAACUCAAUGAAAAAUUAACAAACACUGAACAACAGAAAGAAGAAAUUGACAAACAGAAAACAGAAAUAGAAGAGAAACUUAAGACAAUGAACGAAGAAAAUAAGAAGAUUGCAAAUGAACUUGUCACAGCCAAACAAGAGGCAAAUAAACAAAAAGAAGAAGCAGAGAAGAAAGUAGAAGAUAUGAUGAACAUUGUCAAAACAGAACAAGAGAAAAAUAACAAAUUAAAUGAAGAAUUGGAUAAUAUAAAAAAUGAAAAAAACAAAAUAACUAAUCAACUCAAAACUACAGAAAAAGAGAAAGACAAAAUUGAAAGUGAAUUGAAUACACAAAAGGAAAAAACAACACAACAAGAGAAAAUAAUCAACGAAAAAGAAGAUGAAUUAAUAAUUGCAAUGAAAAGGAUUGAAGAAAGUGAGAAAGAAAAGAAAGAGAAGAUUGAACAACUUGAAGAAGAAAAUGGCAUGAUACAAAAAGAACUUGACACAACGAAGAAAUUCAAUGAAGAAAUAACAAACAAAAUGAAAGAAAAAGAAAAUAAGUUGAAUGAAACAGCAAAACAACUUGAAGAUACAAAUAACAAAUUUAACACUGUAAAAGAACAACUUGAAAAUAACAACAAAACACUCUUGGAUGAAUUGGCAAAGACAAAAGAAGAGAAUGAAAACAUCACUCAAAAACUUCAAACAACAACAAAUGAGAAAAUCGAUUUGGAGAAAACAAUUGAAAAUCAAAAAGAAACAACAAAACAACUGCAAAAUGAACUGAAAGACAAAAAUGACAUAAUUGAAACAACUAAAAAACAAAAAGAAGAAGCUGAACAAAAAGAAAAAACAACUUCAAUUCAACUUUCAGAAGAACAAAGUAAAGCAAAAGAAUUGACCGAAAAAUUAGAAACAAUUAAAAAAGAAAAUCAAUUUAUAAAAAAACAAAGAAUUCAACUUGAAUUGCAAAAUCAUGAAAAUGAACAACGAAUUCAAAUUUUAAAUGAAGAAAAAGAGAAAGGCACAAAAGAAUUACAAACACAAACAGAAAAGAACACAACACUCGAAAACACACUAAAAGAAAAAGAAAUUCAAAUAGAUGACAUCACAAAACAACUUGAAAAUGCUAACACCGACAAAUCAAAUUUGAAUGAGAAAAAAAUAAAAAUAGAGAAUCGGAUGGCUAAAAUUGUUGAUGAAAAACAAAAUUUUGAAAAUGAAAAUAAUGAAUUAAAAAUGAAUAUAACAAACACGUUAUCUGAAUUGGAAAAACUUAAAAAUGAAAAGAAUGAAGUCGUCGAAAAUACAAAUAAACAAAUAAAAACAUUGGAAGAAGUACUCACAAAACAACAAGAUGACGCGAAUAAACAACUUAACGAUAAAAAUAAAGAAAAUGAUACAUUAAAAACUGUUAUACUCACUGAACAAAAGAAGUCUAAACAAUUUGAGGAUCAAUUAUUAAAAAUUAGUAACGAAAAGAAUGAGUUGGAGAAUGAAAAAAAACAAAUAGAAAAUAAAUUGGCAGACGCAGAAGCACGUUUUGAAAAUGUUGUAAAGGAAAAAGAAGAAAUGAAUAACAAAAUAAAUGAAGUCAAUUUCGCAUUCGAAAAAAUGAAAGAAGAUAAAAUUGUAUUGGAAAAUGAAUUAAAUUUUGCGAAAGAUAAGGCUCAUAAAAUUGCAAAAGAACUUGUGGCAACAAAGGAAGAGAAUACAAAACAAAUAGACGAUAUCAGAAAACAAAAAGAAACAAUCAACGAAAAUUUGAAACAAAUGGACAAUCAAUUGAAACGAAUUCAAUUUGAAAAGGAACAAAUUGAAAACGACAAAAAGCUAAAUGAAGACGCGUUUGAUAAAGAGGCGAAAAGAUUUGAUGAAACUCGAAAGGAAUUUGAAAAAACAAAAUCAGAAAAAAUAGCAUUGGAAGAAACACUGGAAAAUCAAAAAACUAAAACCACAAAUUUACAAAAUGAAUUGAAAGACAAAGAAAGUCAAUUGGAGAAUAUAAAUAAACAACUCGAAGAAACAAAUACAUUAAACAAAGAAGCUAAUAAACAAAUAGAAGAUAUGAUGAACACAAUCAAAACGGAAGAAGAGAAAAAUAACAAAUUAAAUGAAGAAUUAAAUAAUAUAAAAGAAGAAAAAGAUAAAAUUACAAAUCAAAUUAAAACUACAGAAGAAGAGAAAGAAUAUAUAACUCAAAAGUUGAAUUCACAAAAACAAGAAAAUGAAAAAAUACAACAAGAACUCAAUACAACAAAAGACGAAAAAGAUAAAAUUGAAAAUAAAAUGAAGAAGAAAACAGAUGAAUUGGAUAUGGCGACUAAAAAGAUUGAAGAGAUUGAAAAGGAAGCACAAGAAAAAAUAGAACAAUUAAAUGAACAAAUUGUAAAAUCAACACUGACAACACAAACACUCGAAAAUGAAAAAGAAAAAAUAACAGAAGAACUUAAUGAUAUCAAAAAAGAAAAAGAAAACGUGGACCAACAAGUUCAUAAUACAACAGAAAAGAUAAAGGAAAUAGAAAACGAAUUGAAAGAAGAAAAAGAAAAAGUUGAGAUUGCAAACAAAGAAACAGAAAAUAUUAAAAACGAAAAUAUACAACUCAUAGAAAAAUUGGAAAAAGAAGUGAAAACAAACAAAGAAAAAGAAGAAAGAAUAAACGAUGAAUUGGCCAAAACUAGAAGCGAAAAAGGUCAAAUUGAAAAAGAAAAUCAAACAAUAAAAACCGAGUUGGAAAAGACAAAAGAAGAAAAUGAAAAGAUCGUUGAACAGCUCAAAUUAACAACAAAUGAAAAAGUGGAGUUGGAAAAAACAAUAAAUCAACAACUUGAAGAGGCAACAAAACAAAAAGAAGAAAUUGAACAGAAGAUCAAAGAAGUUGUCGCAACUCAACAAGAAAAGGAAAUACAACUGAAUGAAAAGUUGGAAAAGAUGAAAAAUGAAAAGAAAACAGCAGAAGAGGAUUUGAAAGGAGAACUCACAAAAACGACACAAACAAACAAAGUUCUUGAAAAAGAAAAAGAAGAAAUUACAAAAGAACUUAACAAGACAAAAGAAGAAAAAUUGAAAUUAGACGACGAAAUGAAUACAAAAAGAAAAGAAGUUGAAGAACAAAAAGAAGAAAAUAAUAAGUUAAAGAACGAAAUUAAAAUAAAAGAUGAACAAUUUGAAAUGAUUGAAAGUGAUGCAAAGACAAAACAAGAAACUAUAAAUCAACUCAAUGAAAAAUUAACGAAUAUCAAUGAACAGAAAGAUAAAAUUAACAAACAGAAGACAGAAAUAGAAGAGAAACUUAAGACAAUGAACGAAGAAAAUAAGAAGAUUGCAAAUGAACUUGUCACAGCCAAACAAGAAGGAGAGAAGAAAAUAAAAGAUAUUACAUCACAAAAGAAUAGCUUAGAAGAAAAAGUUAACACAACACAAACAGAUCUUACAAAUGAAAGGAAUAAUUCCAAACAACUUUUGGAAAAAGUAUCUGAAUUAAAUACACAACUUGGUAAAUUAGAAAAUGACAACAAACAAAACGAAUUUGAAUUGAAAAAAGCAACAAAACAAAUCGAAGAAUUGCAACAAGAAAAGACUGAAUGUGACAAGAAAACAAAAGACUUGGAAGAACAAUUAAAGAAUGAACAACUAAGUGGAAAUCAGUUGAAAGACGAGUUAUCAAAAACAAUCAUGGAAAAAGAAAAAAUCGAAGCUGACAAAAUAACAACGGAGAGUACAUUGGAACAAAUGCGACAACAAAUUGUAGCAAUUAAUGAGGAUAAAGAAAAGAAUUUGAAAUCAAUUGAAGAACAAGAAGAUACUAUUAGAACGAUUACAACGAAAUUGAAAGAAACUUGCGAUACAAAUGAUAACUUAAAUAAACAACUUGAUGAAUUGAAAACUCAGAAGGCUUCUGUGGAGAACACAAUAAAAGAAUUAGAAACUAAUGUCAUAAGCAAACUGAAAGAUGAAAACACUCAAUUGUGUUGUGAUGUAUCAAACUUAAAACGUGAAAAAGACCAAAUUGAAGAUGAUUUAAGAACAAAAAGUAACGAACUUAUGAGUGUUGAAAAGUUACGACAUGAGACGCAAAUUCGAGAAGACACUUUGAUUGCAGAACUUCAAAAAACAAAAGAAGAAAAGAAAAUGUCCGAAGAAAAACUUGAAAUUUUAGAUGCGGAAAUAAAGAGGAAAGAAAGUGAAUUAGUUGAAAGGUUAAAUGAAUUGGAAACAAAUAAAAAGUUACAAGAAGAAAGUGAAAAGAAGUCGAAGAGAAUGGAGGACGAUAUUAAAUCCGAACAAGAAAAGUCGAACAAACUGAAAGAGAAUUUAACAAUAAUGGAAAAAGAAAAAGAAGUUCUGAGGGGUCAACUCAUUGAAAAGGAAUCCCAAUAUAUUCAAACAACAAAACAAAUUGAAAAUUUGGAAAAGGAAGUUGCGAAAGAACAUCAAAAUGAAAAACUUUUGAUAGACCAAUUGAAAGAGACAAAAAAUGAAAAGGAUAAAAUUGUUGAGCAAAUAAAAACCAUUGAAUUUGAUAAAAAUACUUUCAAAAAGGAACUUGUGAAGACCAAGGAAGAUUGUAAUAAAAUUGAACAACAACUGGAUUCAAAAAGAAAGGAAAAUGAAGAACAAAGAGAAGAAAAUAAUAAGUUGAAAAACGAAAUUAAAAUAAAAGAUGAACAAUUUGCUAUGAUUGAAAAUGAUGCAAAGACAAAACAAGAAACUAUAAAUCAACUUAGUGAAAAAUUAACAAACACUGAACAACAGAAAGAAGAAAUUGACAAACAGAAAACAGAAAUAGAAGAGAAACUUAAGACAAUGAGUGAAGAAAAUAAGAAUAUUGUAUAUGAACUUGACACAACAAAAGAAGAAUUUAAAAAACAAAAGAAAGAAGCAGAAAAGAAAGAAGAAAGUAUGAUGAACAUUGUCAAAACAGAACAAGAGAAAAAUAACAAAUUAAAUGAAGAAUUGAAAAAGAGUCAAAAUGAUAAAGACAAAGUUGCUAAUCAACUCAAAACUACAGAAGAAGAGAAAAAUAAAAUUGAAAGUGAAUUGAAAAAGAAAGACGAUGAAUUAAAUGUGGCGACUAAAAAGAUUGGAAAAAUUGAGAAAGAAAAGAAAGAAGCACACGAGAAAAUAGAACAACUCGAAGAAGAGAAAGAAAAGAUAACCAAAAAACUUGACAGUGUAGAAAAAGAGAAAGAAAAGAUCACUGAAAAACUCAAAUUAACAACAAAUGAGAAAGUUGAUUUGGAAAAAACAAUUGAAAAUCAAAAUAAAACAACAACUCAAUUACAAAACAAUUUGGAGAAAGUGAAUCAACAACUUGAAGAGACAACAAAACAAAAGGAAGAAAAUGAUAAAAAAGUGGAAGAAAUUAUAGCAACUCAACAACAAAAGGAAAAACAAAUGAAUGAAAAAUUGGAAAAGAUGACAAAUGAAAAAGAGAAAAUGCAAAAUAACAUCAAAAACAUGGAAGAACAACUGACAAAAACAAAUGAUGAGAAAAUGAAAGUAGAAGGCGAAUUAAACACACAAAAAGAAAAGACAGCACAACAAGAGAAACUUAUUGAAGAAAAAGAAGGCGAGUUGAAAAAGGCAACUCAAAAGAUUGAAGAAAAUGAGAAAAUCAAGAAAGAAUUUGAAGAGAAAAUCAAAACAAUUGAAGAAGAGAAAGACAAAAUACAACAAGAACUUGAGAAUACAAAAGAAGAAAAAGACAAAGUUGCAAAUCAAUUGAAAACAACAAACGAAGAAAAAGAAAAUAUCAAUGAACAACUUAACAAAACAAAAGAAGCGAAAGAUAAAAUUGAACACGAAUUGAAAGAACAAAAAGAAAAGUUUAGUGCUGAAUGUGAUUGUAUGAAAACAACAAUAGCCGAACUUGAAGAGGAGUUACAGAAAGAACAACAACAACACAACGAUAACAACACAAAGAACAAAGAGGAAAUUGACAAAAUGCAACAACAAAUUGAUCAUGAAAAAGCAAACAAUGAAACACUCAACAAACAAAACGCAAAAUAUGAAGAGAUUGCAAAAUUGAAUGCAGACGAGAUGAAAGAACACAAAGAAAAAAUCAUCACACUCAACACCAAAAUAGCUGAAAAUGAGAAACAAAUUGAUCAAUAUCAACACAACGAACAAAUCAACAAAAACAAAAUAGAUCAAUUGAACACAAUUAACAACAAACUGAAAAAUGAACUCGAUGAACAAAUCAAACUUACUAAUACAAAGGAAGAUGAACUCAACAAUGAAAUAAACAAACUACAAUUAAAACUCAACGAUUUGGAAAAAACAAGUACAUUAGAAAAGGAACAACUCAUUAAAUCAAAUGAAGAUGAAAAGAAAAACAAUGCAAUUCAAGUCGAAGAACUUAUAAAAGAAAAUAACACACUCAAAUCAACCAUCGACGCUGAUGACACUAAACUUAAAACACAAGAAGAAAUAAUAAUAAAAGAGAAAGUUGAAAAUGAUGAGUUGAGGAAACAAAUUGAUGAAAACACCAAAAAUGCAAGUGAAGAGUCAAAACGUUUUCAAUUGGUAAUAGAAGACCGAGUUGGUGAAAUAACAAAAUUUCAAAAUGAAGUGAUUGCAUUGAAACAAGAAAAUGAAACAGUUGAACGUUCUCAACAAAAAUCUCAAGACGAGUUGAAUGAGAAAUUAAGAAAUGUAACUCAACAACUUGGAGACACUGAAAACCAAAAAAGAGAAAUUGAAGACAAAAAUCAAACACUCCAAUUUGAUUUGAUGAAAGAGAAAGAGAUUUCAAAACAACUCCAAAAUGACAAUGAGAAAGUCAAAGGUGAAAUUGACAAAUUACUAAAUGAGAAAACCAAAGUCGAAGAGCAAAUUAAGACAAUGAGUGAAGAAAACAAAAAGAUUGCAAAUGAAAUUGUUGCGACUAAACAAGAAGUUGAAAAGAAAGAAGAAAGUAUGAUGAACACAAUCAAAACAGAACAAGAGAAAACAAAGAAACUAAAUGAAGAGUUGGAAAAAUGUCAAAACGAAAAAGACAAAGUUGCUCAUCAACUCAUAACUACAGAAGAUGAGAAAGACAAAAUUGAAAAAGAAAUGGCUUUGCAGAAAGAAAAUACAACACAACAAGAGAUGGCACUAAAAACAAAAGAAGACGAAUUCAAAAUUGCGACUAAAAAGAUUGAAGAAAUUGAGAAAGAAAAGAAAGAAGCACAUGAGAUAAUUGAAAACAUCAAAUUGUUAAAGAAUAAUUUGGAAGAGAAAGUAAAUACAUUACAAACUGAUCUUACAAAACUUCAAGAUGAAAAAGAACAAAUUGAAAAUAACAAGAAAACAUUGUCAGACGAGUUGGAAAAGACAAAAGAAGAAAAUAAAAAGAUCGUUGAACAGCUCAAAUUAACAACAAAUGAGAAAGUUGAGUUGGAAAAAACAAUUGAAAAUCAAAAUAAGACAACAUUACAACUGCAAAAUGAACUGAAAGACAAAAAUGACAUAAUUGAAACAACUAAAAAACAAAAAGAAGAAGCUGAACAGAAAUUGGAAACAGUUAUUGCAACUCAAAAAGACAAAGAAAAAGAAAUCAAUGAAAAAUUGGAAAACGCAAAGAACGAGAAUGAUGAACUGAAAACCACUUUCAAUUCACAAGAACAGAAACUGAAAGAAGCAGAAACAACACAAAAUGAAAUGCAAAGUAAUAUCAAAACAUGGAAGAACAACUGA